AUGGAUAUCUGUAUGGACAAGGAGCCAGAUGGUGUUGUGGUCUAUGCUAAUGGUGAUUCUUGUAAUCCCAUUCAAGAAAAUGUCUCUGUACUGCCUCCUUUAGAUUCAGUACCACGCGAUGACGAAGCCGCUGCUGAGGAAACAGAGCUCCGAUACACAGAGGAGAACAUUGAAGUGAAAGAAUAUGAUGUUAAAGAGUGUACAAGUGAAAUCCCAGUUGGUAAGCCAUCAGAAGAAGAUGGUGGAGGCUCUAAAACUGUACAUAAGUCGGCUUUACCCGUGAAACAUGGUUCGAAACCGGGUCGUGGGAGUAACAAAAUGAGGAACACCGUUCCACAGCCGUUUGCUUUAGCCACUGAGAAGCGUGCUUCAUCCGCAACACGUUCGUUUGCUGGUGAAUCUCAUGAAGUGGUAGCGGCUGUGUCGAAAGUGUUUCCGGAUGGGUAUAGUAAAGUACAAAAUCAGGCCACAAAGGUACCUAGGAAACCAUUGCAGCCAAAGAACAAGAAGCUUUCUGAUGAGGAAGAUUCUUGCUCUGUUGCUUCUUAUGCUACUUCGGCUGCAAAGUCUUCGAAAUCAAGAACUAUUGUCACCGUAGCUCCAUCGUUUAGAUCCACUGAACGUGCAGAGAAGCGAAAGGAGUUCUAUACAAAGCUGGAGGAGAAACACCAAGCUAUGGAGGCUGAGAAAACGCAGAGCGAAGCAAGGAACAAGGAAGAAAACGAUGCAGCGUUAAGGAAGUUAAGAAAGAGUUUGAUGUUCAAAGCAAGCCCAAUGCCAAACUUUUAUCAUGAAGGGCCUCCUCCAAAGGUUGAACUUAAGAAGGUAACACACAAGGCUCCUCCAACUAGAGCAAAGUCGCCAAAACUUGGUCGAAGGAACACAAAAGAAGGGAACAGAGCAAAAGGUGCUUCGAGGCGGCAUGAAACUCGAAAGACUCUAGUCAUCUCCAAAGAAGCUUGUGAUGAUAAUAAGACCACACAGCAUUCUGAUGACCAGAUAAACCGGAAUUUGGUACCGGAGACCGCUUUGGCAUGCUAA